GGGGGCAACCGCGAGCUCAAGGACACGGGCGUGGAGGUGCUGGAGGACCCCAACGGGAAGACGUUCACGGUGAGCAGCCGGGUGGAGUUCCGGGUGACCAAGGAGGAGAACGGGGCCGAGGUGACCUGCUCGGUGGACCACGAGUCCCUGCAGAACUCCGAGAGGUCCACCACCGAGAAGCUGCAGGUCCACUACAAACCCACGGCCCGGAUCGAGCCGCACCCUCAGUACCCGCGGGAGGGGGAGAAGCUGCAGCUCCAGUGUGACGGGCAGGGCAACCCCAUGUAAGGCCCUUCCUCCCCUUCCUCCUCC